ACACACACUACCCCCCUUGGGAUGCCAACCCCUCCAUUGCUGGACGGCGGCAUGUCUGUCGAGGCGAUAUAAUCUACCAACCAGCCCGGGGAGGACAUCAUGGAGCCGACGACGUGUUGACGCAGACGCGAAGGUGCCUGACAAAGUUUGGCCUCCGCGUCGGGAUGAUACACGCGCAGAGAGACAUCUGAGUCAUUAAUAAUCCUUGUGAACAUUUGGGGGGGAAGAUGAGGACCGUGAUGGCUUCGCUGAAAACAACAUUAUUCGCACUUCUCCUCUGGGGGCUCCAGUACGCUGUGUGUCGUGAAGUAUUUGUUCCUCCUGGGACCCUCUACCGUGUGGCAGGGUUCCCCCUCUCCCUGCCCUGCUCCGUAUCAGGAUACGAAGGCUCCCGCACGCAGGACUUUGAGUGGUUCCUGCUCAGGGAUGAUGCUGGUGGGAGGCAGAUGGGCGUCGUGUCCACCAGGGACAAGGGCUUCCCUUAUGCCCCCUUCACGAUGCGGGUGAGGAAUGGGGAGGUCAGGGUGGAGAGGGACUCGGGGGACAAAGUCCGGCUGGUGAUGCAGAGGCUCCGAGCUGACGAUCAGGGGAAGUACGAAUGCUACACGCCCAGCACGGACAUCACCUACCAGGGGAACUACAGCGCCACAGUGCCGAUUAAAGUGAUCCCUGACACACUCCAGAUCAGUUUUUCCCGCACACUCACCGGCCAGCCCGUGCCAGAGGGAGCCGAAUUAACGCUGACAUGCUCAGCCGGCAUCCAAUCGGAGCAGCUCACCCAGCUGUCCAUCAUGUUUGGGAAGCGGAGUGCGGGAGAGCGUUUGGCGAGCGACACGGGAGGAGAGGUCAGCACCAUCGGAGAGAUUAUCUCCAUCGACAAGCUGCUGGGCGUCGUCCCCGGGCAAUUGUACAAGGACCGCUACGACGAUGGAGAGAUCACGCUGGAGAAGAGAAACGGGAAGGCUGGCGUGGACGUGUACGUGAUGAAGAUGAGAGCGGUGCGGCCACAAGACACCGGCGCGUACUUCUGCGAGGCCUCCCAGUGGAUUCGGGACCCGGAUCGAUCGUGGCAGAAGAUAGCACAAAGGAUGCUGGACAUUGGCAUCUUGACCGUUCAGCAACUGGCCGAGUCUCUGAGCAUAACGUCCUCGCCCAAGGGGGAGGUGACCCUGCAGGUCGGUGCCCCUCUCAUCCUGACCUGUGAGGUGUUGGGGCUGCCAGCGGAAGUGAACUCUGGCAUGCUGGUUCAGUGGAUGAAGAGGGGAUCAGUGGGCCGCGAUGUAGCCGGGGGCGAUGGAGUCCAGGUGGCCCAGAUGAGCCCAGACGGUGUUGUGAGCUGGGGGGACGACCUCAGCCGAGCUAGCGGGGGCUCUAUGGAGAAAGUGUCGGAGGGGAGGUACUCUCUGAAGCUGUUCUCAGCCCAGCCCUUGGACUCGGGGGUGUAUCGGUGUGUGGUGAGUGUGUACGCUGGAAGAAGAAACCCCAGCGCGUCAACUCCUGCAACAUUUACCCAGAGGUCUGAGGGAGUCACCGUCAACCUCAAGACCAAAGAUGUGCUGGUUGCAGCUGUGGCUCAGCUCCCUCACGGCCCUCUUUUAAAAAGAGGCAGCACCAUCACCCUGAUCUGCAACGUCACCGUGACGACCACAGGUCCCGCCCAGGCACAGGUGCAGUGGCUGCGUUGGCCAAUCCCUGAACGAGUUAUCGGGAAGGUGCCGAGCCCAGCGUCUGAUGUUACUGUACCGGACCCCUCUGCGGAGAAAAUUCCCACACUGGUAGCUGCCAUCAUGUACGACGGCGUUGCCAAGAUCUCUGCCAACGGUAGUGAGGUUAGCAUCGACCGCCUGUCGGAUGUCAGCUACAGACUGAGGGUCCACACGGCAACGAUGGAGGAUCAGGGCAUGUAUGCGUGUCAUGCCCAGGCGUGGGGUCAGGACCCGCAUGGAGGCUGGUACAACACGGGGUCCAAAGCCGAGUCAAAUGCAGUGACCGUUUACCUGUAUGCCAGAGCGGAUGACCUCCUCCUCAUCCCUUUGGUUAUCGGAGUGUCCUCUGCCUUGUUUGUGGGCAUCGUCAUCAUCGCAACGGUAACCUGCUGCUUCAUGAAGCAACUAGCCAAGCAGCGCGCUCAAAAAUAGAUGUCCAGUCUCCGCCUGUCUGAAAUCAUCUGAAUGUUCGUGAGGAGGCACAAAAGAGGAAUGAACUGAACAUAGUGGAUGAAACGGCAAAGAAACCAUUUUCAGGAUAAAACUGAAAUGAAAAGUGACUCCCCCUGUUUGAUGUAUUGUUUUUGUUUUUGUUUUGACCAACCUGUUUAAUCAUUAAUGCCAAAAUAUUGUGUUUUAUAUUCUCGUAUUUUUAAAUCCGAGUGUAUUUUAAUGAUUGCUGCGUCUCACACCAGUAGGAGUUUUAAUAUAGAUUUUUGAAGCCACCAUCUAAUGGUGGAAAUACUUUUGUUAUGUUAGCUUAACCGUCCUUUUUGAUGAUUCCUUUGUCCAAGCUUAACAUUGUUUCAAAUGGAAAAGGGUAAAAAAUACCCAAGGUCAAAAGUAAAUAAGGUAAUGCAGGUUUAUUUUGAGUCUCUCAGAUGGUGGGUACCUUGUAGAUGAUGUACACUGUGAAUUGUGGCUACAGAAAAGCUCAACAAGCUGCCCUCUCAUCUUUCAUGGUUAGAUUGUUACAGUAUAAAGAGACCAAACGGUUUCCCGCCGGUAAUGGCUCUAUUUUCACAUUCAUUGUUUCAACAAAGGGACGAUUCUGUUCGUGGUUCCUUCCCUCCAAACUGCACAUAUUUUUCUUUUUCGAAAAAAAAGAAUCAAAAUGUCUAUGUCUAGCACUGCCACAUGAAUGCUGAUGUGAGAAGUUCAGCCACCACAAACUGAAAUGAGCAGAGACCUUCCAGCGCCUGCAGCACUCUGCAUGUAAACACGCUCCCCGUCUGUUACUCAAUAAGGACGGCGCUGGCCGGGACCUUUCUGAUGCCAAUUGAGUAUCAACUCUAAACACACGCAUUCUUCACCUGUGACACUUCAUGCUGAAGUGAGAUUUCUAUACGGACUUGUAUAGAUUUGACAAAGAGAAAUGGAUAAGAGAUCCAUUAUGCACUGAGCUAAAAUAUGUAAAUAUUGUAUGUAGUUUAGCGGUUUUAUUUUUCAUAAUGUGAGUAAGACUGCUGAGAAAGCAGCAGUGUUUAACAUUCCGCAGCAGUCUGCUCCUGUGAAGCACUUGGACACAAAGGACCGGGACAAAAGCCCCUCGGUGUCCUUCUCUCACUUGAUUUUCUUCCAACUGAAAAGUCAUUUCUUUAUUUGAGUGAAUACUUGUGAACUUCUUUUCAAUUUUUGUGUGCAAUUAAUAGUUUCUUUGCUCUUGUGACAGACAGGAAAAUCAAGUGCAACAUCAAAGAGUCCUAUGACACACAGACAAACAGAACAAGUGUUGUUUCACACCGAUUAGCUAACUUGUCCCCAAGGUUAAAAUCUCCCGAGCGGCACAGUCAUAUGACCCGAUCGCUCAGUGGAGUCUCGCUAUCAUCGCCAUCAUAGUCAUCAUGGGAUCAUGUUGGACAGAUUCACUGUGUCUGCACGCUUAUGAGUGAAAUCCUCCUCUUCCCGUCCAACAACUAAGAAAAGUUUGGUCAUGCGAGCGAGCUCACAUUGUGUGACCACUUAAGAAUUUAGUUCGAGACAUGGUUAAGGAAAGGACUUUGCUGUCUCAGUCUGUCUCCUGGUGGUCAAUGUGAGAGUCCCUCUAAAUCUGCCUCUCCUUAACCUGUGCCCUAUAAACUCGUGAUUAUAAAUGUCGUUCACUAACAUUAGGGAAUAGAAUCAAAGCUCUGCUUGCUUCCUGAGCCACUUUUUUUCCAGAUAGUCAAAGCUGAUCUGUUCCGACACAUUCCCCACACAUGAUAACAUAGUUGCACACGGACCGAUGCACCCGCGCACACAGCAGCGGCAGCAGCAGUAUUGAUGGCUGGUAUUUCAGUUGCGAGAUGGUAUCUGCGUGUUCAUCUCUAAUCUCUGUUUAUGGCUGCAGUUUGUGUCCUGCUGCCCGCCCCUCCUCCCUCUUUCUGUUACAGAGUCAAUUUGGCUCUCAUUUUGAUUCACGUCAAUGUCUGUUCCCUGAGAAAUACAGCCGGCUGUAGAAAGUGUAGCACAGAGCGUGCAAAAUGUGCAAAGUGGCUGUCUAAGUUGUGCUUUUGUUUGAGGAUGUAUAAAACCCUUUCAUGAAGGGGUCAUGUUUUGUUUGGAUUGUUUACUCGUGCUUUUACUGUUCCUGAAUGCAUCUUACAGCCAUUGAAAUAUUCUUAUGGUGCUUUGGCAAACCCGCCACUUGUAAAACCAAUAAACCACUCUGGAUUUAUAACAUC